AAAGUUCCCCUCAUGCCUCAAACCAAUAUACCAGAAAAGUUUUUCCUUCACCCUCGGUUGACUGUCAAGCAGAACUUCUGGCUUUUCCAACGGUGGACAGCGCUAUGGCUAAAAGGGCAAAAACACACCCAGAAGCAAACACUUACAAAAACGCUGUACAUUGUAAAAUAUUUAACAAUUUUUUUUCCUCAACUGGCAACUUCAGGAACAAUCAAAAAUGCGUAAAUAAUAAAUGCACACACAAACUAGUUCACUUAUUCUAUUUACUCACACCGGCUUGGUUUUAAAAUACUGACUUUAAGCAGCCAAGACUUGUCCACUUUCACUUUGUUGUACUUUUGGCUUUGAUGUUGUCCAUGCUGUCCUAUUUUUUUUUUGACUUUUUCAACAGUUUUCAUGAGGACAGAGUGAAAUGGCAGUCAAUAGGAGACCACAGAGCUGCUUAAAUAUUAAAUGGAGGGACAGUAGUGACACAGAAAAUGCAAUCUUCUUUUCUUACGGCUUUGUGUCCAAAUCCAAAUUGCAAUCGUGUGGUCGACAAAGCGGUCAAGGGAUUUAGAAUCAGAAAAGCUCUCUGCGGAUGUUGGUUCCGGUGGAAUUUAUGUGGAGUUUGCAUGUGGUGGUUGUUUCAGUCGCGUAUCGGGAGUUAGGAGUAGAACCAAAAUGCGGACGGGAACUAGGGCUCAGCUUGGUAGCAGAAUACAUAAUGUAGCUGAAAAUUUUACAGAAUGAACAGGAAACAAACAGGACAAGGAGCUUUGUUAGCAUGACAGAAGGAACCGGCAAUUCACAAUGAAAAACUGGUUAGCUUUUGUACUUAUGAACUGCCGCAAGCGAGAAGUAUGGUGUUGGAUUCACGUGAGCUUAAUCAAGGGGAUGUGGAACAGCUGUGAAGGAGAGCAAAACGGAGAGAUUGAAGGAAGGCGAAUAAUAACACACAGAGCUAAAUGAGAAACAUGAUUUGGAAAUAAAAACUGAGAGUCUAUGAGAAAACGGCAAAACGGGGAGGAAAAACCACAAGACAUGAGUAAAAAAUUACACACAAAAGAAUUCACUAAUACAGCAAGACCCUAAUAACAAUAACGUACAGAUGAAAAUAAAUCAUCCAUGACAAAACCUGACAAUAACACAGAUUUGAAAUGACAGGACAUGGGCAGUAACGAGAAACUCAGAAGUGAUUCAAAAUACAAAUUCCAACAAAACACCAAAACCCAAACUACCAACGAUCGUCACACAAAUUCCAACAAAACACCAAAACCCAAACUACCAACGAUCAUCACUCUAGUUUUACCAAUGAGAAUGUCCCGUUUACAGCACAUGUGGUAGAAACCUUAACCAAAAACAAAUGUGAUUGUUGGUGAAAUCUGAAGGCAGUUUUAAAAGCCUGACUUAGGAGUGUUUUCUGUAUUCACAUUGGAAGAAUGUGCUUAUACAAUAUUGAAAAAAAUCAUAAAAAAAAUGAUUCUUUAAACUUCCACUAUGAAGAGUAGAAGAUCUGUAGCCAACAUAUUGGUGUCAAAUCCAGCCGCAGUACAUUCUUGUAAAGUUAAAUUAAUAUUCCAAAAAUAUUUUUAGGCUGUGAUCGCUCUUUUUUUUCCUAGAGGUUUCAACUGUUUAUAAUUAUGCUUUAUUUUGUCCCCACUUAAAUAUAAACCCACAUUUUAAAGACCCAUGUUAAAUUGCUGAAUGGCUGUUUAUAUUUUUGAGCUGUUUUAAAUCAUGUAGACUUGACUAACAUGAUUUCUCCCUUAAUUUUUCACACUUUUACUCUUGGACUGAGUUUCAGGGUAUCCUUACCCUAACCCUAACCAUUCUAUUUUCUUAUAAAAGUGAAUCAUAACAGAGCAAUGGUGAGCUCUAAAUGGAAGUAUUAACCUUUCUGGGCACAGAAUGUAGCCUUCUCAACUCACAAAAAAACAGCACAACUUGAGAUCUUACAGCCACUGACAGAGUACAGGGCGUUGUAGCAAUCAGUUUGUGCAUCUGAACCACCAAUUAGGCAAUUACACAUGCACCAGUCUAGCAUCCACCCAAUAAAAGAGGUCAGGGAAACUGUUAAAAAUGCCAGUGGUGUCCCUUGGUUAUGAUAUGCAAAUUCGUACAAGAGGGCAAAUGCACAAUUAGAUUAAAAAUGAUUAUGCUUUUGUUGAUGGGGCCUUAAGGGCACUUAGGGUGCAUUCGCAGUUAGUAAUCCAUGCUCAGCCAUUACAGAGCUAUUUAGACAGUUUAUCGAUCAAUUACAGUAAGGGGGUCAACAACAUUAAAACACAGUCAAACAGCCACACAGUCGAUGCCCAGCUAUGUAUCAACAAAAACCAUGUGACUGAUCAGAGACAAGAAGCAGGAUGCGUUUGUUUCCUACACUGAGAGAGCCCGCCGGUGCACCACGCGCAGCACAUCCCUCCCAAGCGUUACGCUGGGAGACUCAAGCAGUCGGCAAGAGAAACCGCGAGGAGGGCGAGAGAGGAGAGAGGGGGAGGAAAAAGGAGCGACGGAGAUGGCGAGUCUAAACAUGGAGCCGACACCGCUGCUUCGGCUUCUGGGGCUGCUGUGGCUCCUUCUAGCCGACCAAACCACCACGGUCCGGGGUCUGAACGGCGACGAAGACCAGAGCCAGGACACCGAGUGCAAGAUGAAGAGCGUCACCGUGUCAGCGCUGCCGUUUCUGAGGGAGAACGACCUGAGCAUCAUGCACAGCCCGUCGGCCUCGGAGCCCAAGCUGCUAUUCUCCGUGAGGAACGAUUUUCCAGGGGACGUGGUGGUGGUGGACGACCUGGAAAACACCGAGCUCCCUUUCUUCGUCCUAGAGAUCUCUGGGAACUCGGAGGACAUCCCUCUGGUGCGCUGGCGGCAGCAGUGGCUGGAGAAUGGCACGCUUCUUUUCCACAUCCACCAUCAGGACGGCAGCGUCAGCCUACCCGAACCAACCGAAGACCCGGCCAACGAUUCCACGAAGGAAGAGCUGCGCAUACUCCACAUCUCUGUGAUGGGUGGGAUGAUCGCCCUUCUGUUGUCCGUCCUGUGCCUCGUCCUGAUCCUGUACACCCGCAGGCGCUGGUGUAAGAGACGCCGCAUCCCUCAGCCCCAAAAGAGUGCCAGCGCUGAGGCGGCUAAUGAGAUACACUACAUCCCAUCAGUGCUGAUGGGAGGCCAAGCACGGGAAAGUCUAAGGAACUCCAGGGGUCAGGGGCCAAACUCUGGUGGCACCCUCAGCAUCCGGGAGACACCAAUUUUGGACGGGUACGAGUACGACAUUACAGACCUGCGUCACCAUUUGCAACGAGAGUGCAUGAACGGCGGGGAGGAAUUUGCCAGUCAAGUCACCCGUACCUUGGACUCCCUUCAGGGCUGCAAUGACAAGAAUAAUAUGGACCUCACACCGGUGAAUGACAACACCAAGUUGGCCCUGAUGAACAAAUACAAGGACAACAUCAUUGCCACGAGCCCAUUAGACAGCAAUCACCAGCAAAACACCCUGCUACCACACAACACAUCUACUAGCCAACGAAAACGUCUCUCCAGCAACACCAGAGCGGGUUCAACUUUCUUGAACCCAGACGGGGACUCUGGGACGGAGGCAGACAGCGAGCCUCAGCUGGCCUUUUACACUGACCCAAACCGCAGUCGGCGCCGGAGUCGAGGUAUGAGAAAUGGUAACGCCAACAGCGCGUGGGGCUCUGGGGGUUCCCCGCGGAGUCCUAUCAAUAAGACCACCCUGACUCUCAUCAGUGUCAUCAGCUGCGUGAUCGGCCUGGUUUACUCCUCUCACCUCGCCUGCAGCCUCUCAGUCCGAGUAAUCUUACAUGUGCCGGAGCACCUCAUCGCUGACGGUUCGAGGUUCAUUCUGCUCCAGGGGAGCCAGUUGGAUGCUUCGGAUUGGCUGAACCCAGCCCAGAUCUUGUUGUACUACCAGCAGAAUGCCAGUGGACCUUGGGUCAACGAGCUGUGUGGUCGACGCCUGCUGGAUCCUUGUGAACACCAGUGUGACCCAGAGACAGGAGAAUGCCUCUGCCUCGACGGCUACAUGAAGGACCCGGUCCACAAACAUCUUUGCAUCCGCAGUGAGUGGGGGCCCAAUCAGGGUCCCUGGCCUUACACCAUCUUCCAGCGUGGUUUUGAUCUUGUGAUGGGAGAACAACCCUCUGAUCGCAUUUUCAGAUUUACAUACACCCUGGGAGAAGGAAUGUGGCUUCCUCUGAGCAAAAGCUUCGUCAUCCCUCCCGCUGAGCUCGCCAUCAACCCGUCAGCCAAAUGCAAGACAGACAUGACAGUAAUGGAGGAUGCGGUAGACGUAAGAGAGGAGCUGAUGAUCAGCUCGUCGUUCGACUCUUUGGAGGUCCUCCUGGACUCUUUCGGACCCGUCAGAGAUUGCUCGAAAGACAACGGCGGCUGCAGCCGCAACUUUCGCUGCAUAUCUGACCGAAAGCUCGAUUCCACCGGCUGUGUGUGCCCUCCAGGGCUUAGUCCAAUGAAAGACGGGACCGGGUGCUACGACCACCAUAUUGGCAUCGACUGCUCCGACGGCUUCAACGGUGGAUGUGAGCAGCUGUGCCUCCAACAGCUGGCCCCUCUAGAGGAUGACCCAACCCUCUACAACAUCCAGAUGUUCUGUGGGUGCAUCGAGGACUACAAGCGCGGUCCUGACGGGAGGUCAUGCCUGCCUCUGUCUGAAUCCUGUACUGAGGGUGUGGACUGCGGCGAAGCGACGGACAUCCCCGCCAACCAGACCGUCUUCGGAGACCUCUUCUACGGUUACAACAACCACACCCAGGAAAGCACCUCUGGUCAGAUACUGAAGGCCACGUUCAGGCAGAAGAACUUUGCCCGAGGCAUUGAGCAGCAGCUCCCAGAUGGCAUGGUGGUGGCAUCGGUGCCAACGGAGGUCCAGUGCCACGAGGAGCUGUCAGACCCUGUGCCUGACCCAGAAUACCUCACGGGUAUGGUGAACUACAGUGAGGUGUCUGGCUAUCCCCUUGUCCAGCAUUGGAGUCUGCGCUCUGUGUUGUACCAUGUCAAACUCAACCAGUGGGUCCUGUCUCAAGCUUUCAGCUCUGCCAUCCAUUCUCUAGACGGGGCGACGCAGCGGAGCGACUUUGUCUCCAUCCUGAGGGAGUUUGGGAACCACUACGUGCAGGAGGCCGUUUAUGGCUUCCAGGAGUCCUGCACCAUCUGGUACCCCAACAAACAAGUCCAGAGACAGCUGUGGCUGGAGUACCAGGACAUCAGCAAAGGUAGGACAAUGAAGUUUGUGUUGGUAUUUGAUUUAAAAAGAAUAGAAGACCUAGUGCGGAGCUUCUGUUUUGUGAUUAAAAGAGGAGUUGAUCAUGUAUGUUGCAUGAUAUUUUCAUCUGAAAAUAUCCGAAACUAUCCUACACCUACUGAAAACUCUUGGCUCCUUUGGGUAACUGAGGUUUUCGCUCCCAUAUUACCUCUAGAACUCUUUUCAAUAUUCACCGUAUGUGUGACUGAACAACUUUUCUGAAUGACAUAAAACUUUUACUACCAAACAGUGUAUUUAAGUUUUUUUAUACAUCAACUAUUUUAGAUUAAAAAGACAAA